AUGCCGGACGCUCCUGACCUUCAGGAUCCACAAUCUCCCCCCCAGCCUGCCAAACCUGUUCCUCAGGCUGAAGCUAAAGCCCCACUGCCGGGCCAGCCGCUCCCCUUCAACUCUGUCAAUAAGCUGAUUGUCGCCUUUCAAGGAGCUGGACGGCGGGUACGUCCACUCGCCAUGGCGGGGAUGGGUCGCUUGUUAAGAGUGAUCAAUCAUCCCGACUUUCGUGCCAGCGACAUCGCCAAAGAACUUUCUACUGCGCCAAAGGUCACUCAGGUGCUAGGAAGGAUAGCUCUGGGAACGGUCACUAAGAGGGAGGAGGACAAGGACAGGCCUGAGGGGAUUACUGCUCAGACAGUGUAUGUUGGCCUCCUUAUCUGGCAUUAUGACAAGACCCACCUUGAUGCUCUUGGGAAUUACGUGCUGGCGCCAGUCUACACGAGCAUUGGCAAUUACACCCGCAAUUUCAUGGGACGGUGGAGGAAGGGGUACAUCUUGGUCGCUCUUUUGCCAGUGCCCAAGCCAGAUGCCUUCGCAAAGGGGUGGACCCGAGACACCCCCGCAUCCAGGGACCCUUUUGGGGAAAUGCGGAUGGUGUAUCCAUUGCCCUUCAUUUUUUCGAGUGAUCUCGGGGAGCAGUACCAUAUAGCAGGAUUGGUGGCGGGCCACUGUGCAUCGCAACAAGUGCCAAAGUCUGAGAUGGGAGACUUGAAGAACUUCCGGUCUCAUUCAGUACGGACCGCGGCGACGCUAGCGGAGGAGCGCAAAUCAAUGGAAGGGAUGCCGACAGCAGAGGCCAACAAGCACGCAACUAAAUGCGGUGUCUACCCCCGCCUCAAGUGCUUCUUGGAGGGGUCGGCCUUUGAGGGAACGCCGUGGGGCAACAUCAUGCUGGUGUUCUUGGGUUCGGACGAGCUGCACACGAUAUACGGUGGCCUCUUUGGAGUUCACUUUUACCAGAUCCUCUCGACGUGCGCUCCUCGGGGUCGGCAAACCGAGCUGCUGGCUCAAUUGGACAGGGCCGUCGCAUACGCCGCCAGUACCGACAAACCCGGCUGGUUACGCUUGCCUUCCAACCCCACCCACUUCUCAACCCCGCACAAGCUUUCCUACCGGGAAAAGGCUGGUGUUCUGCAGGUAUAUUCUGCCUGCGUCCUUGCGAACCUGUGCAAAUUUGAAGGAGACGGGGGUGACGUUCUGGUCGAGUGGGUCAAUGCCCUGAACCGGUGGAUCCGGGUGACCCUGUGGAACAAGGAGCCAGACGACCUGAGUUUGGCAAAAUCGGACGAGUUGCUGUGGAAGUUUCAGAAGGCCUCAGAGAACAUUGCUCACCUCCGCAAAAACAAGAAGAAGGAGGUCAUCAGCACCGGAUGGAAUCUGCCAAAGAUGGGCCAGAUGGCAUUGUUUGGGCCAGCCACGAUCAGAAACGGACAUCCAGACUUCAGCAACACGGAUCGCGGCGAGCAAGCUCACGAGCUGGUCAAGGGUUGGUUCCAGAUAAUCGGAGCGAGACCUGGGGAACUUGUUCGUCAGAUCGCCAACGCGUAA